AAUGCUCAGCAGCGCUGUGCUCUGAAACCUCCGGCAUAACAAACACAACUAUCAGCGGCUCAACACUCAAACUUUCUCCUGCACAUCUCACAUUACUGGAGUUUAAAACGCUCCCCAUCAACACAGCGCGAUAUAACGGGAAUAUGUAACGCGAAUCAAUUACGAUGAAGGACUGGUGUCGUCUUCUGCUCUUGGCUGGAAUUGCUGCUGUUUUGCAUGCAGCCUAAUGAGCACCCAUGCACACUAUGGCAACAAUCGGUCCAUGCUCAGAUGCAGAGGACCUGUUGGCUUCCAUCCACCUCGAGAGGUAUCUGGACCACUUCCGUCAGGCAGGCUUUCUCCUCGCCCGAGACUUCUGUCAUGUGGACAAUGUGGCUCUGAACAGGGUGGGAGUCACCGCCACCGGCCACAGGAAGCGUAUCCUCAAACUGGUCGAGCACAUUCAGCUGAUCUGUCAACAUCAAAGGAAAGAGCCCUUGCUAGAUCGCUGUAACUCAGAGUCUGCUAUUCACGAGGUGACCCCUGCCAAAGCGGAGCCUCAUUCUCCUUCAAGACAUCCUGGCACCUCCUUAGAAGCCUUGCGUAACAGCUCGGCCCCGAAUCUUUGUGCACAAGUGAAGCGCUCGUUCUCAGAGCGGAGCGCCAGUGUUGUAAAGCCGGUACCAAAACCAAGAACUGUCUUCCACAGACUAAGAGCAGAGAGAAUUUCUUUACCAACACAACAUGAAGUGCAACCUCGCCAAAAGUCAUCUCAGGACCUGCUUUUAAAAGGUUCAUCCUCCAGUAAAGAGACUGUUGAAACAUCUACUGAAUCAAAAAAGGGGCCUUGUGAACCAGGUGUGAGUAAUACCACUUCGGCCCCAGAGACUAGUGAUCCGUUACCCCCAGUGCCCCCUAGGUUAAAUCGAGGAAUUCCCCCAUCCACAUUCAGGAGAAUGUCGGACCAGGAGCGUCUGAGCACCCCACCCCUCUGCACCCCUCCUGACUCCCCGUCGAGUUAUCAGUGUUCUCCCUUCACUAACACACCCGGUUCACCUCCAAGUCCACCCUGCUCAGGGAUAGAGAUGGUCUCUAAUGAAAUCUACUGUGGCACUUUACCAGGCACUCCACGUGUGUUUUGGAGUCGCUCUGUACCCGUUCCGCCUCCACGUCAGGAGGUCAGCCCAUCUACUGAAAAUCAUAGCACUUUAGAAAAGUCCAACUCAACUGAAACACCUAAAAGAACAUCUGGCGACACAGCAUCUGCUGAGGAUGAAGAUGAAAUGAUCAACCCGUACUGUGAAACUGUUUUCCACAGCAGACGACAUUAUCAGCAUUCAGAGGUUGAGAGGACCAAAAGUGAGGAAAAGACUGCAAAUAAAGAAGAUAAACAAAGAGAACAUGGGCAGCACAAUCACUCGUGGCUCAAGCGUCUUGAUUCUCCAGGCUACUGCACUGUGGGUGAACCGUCUCCGGCCUCUCACUCGUUCUCCCUCCCUCAUAACCUCGGCUUCAACGAAGCGGAUGAGGACCACAUCAUCUCUCCCUACGCCAGCUUCACCUCGCUGUCCGAGCGGGUGGCACCCAUCCUCAGCGGCUGGCUGGACAAGCUCUCUCCUCAAGGAAACUAUGUGUUCCAGAAACGAUAUGUGAAGUUUGAUGGGAAGAACUUGAUGUACUAUGGUAGUGAAAAGGAUGCUUAUCCCAAAGGUGUGAUUCCCUUAGCUGCCAUACAGAUGGCCCGCGUAGCCAAAGACAAUAAAUUUGAGGUUGUCACAAGCCACAGGACAUUUGUCUUCCGAGCUGAUAAUGAUGUUCAGAGGAGCAAAUGGUGCAGCACGUUGCAGGAGCGGGUCAAAGAACAGCUGGUUUUCGGCCGCCCACGUUUUGGCCCCGGCAGUCACUGCCAAAAGAGCGGCUUCCUGGAGCUCAAAGGAACCAAGUCAAAGAUCUACACGGCCAUUAUAAUGGAGCAGAUCUGGUUGUACAAGAGUGAGCAGUGCUUUAAAAAUGGAAUUGGAAUUACUGUAAUUGAGGCCAGAGGUGCUACAAUUCGUGAUGGGAAGGGCAAGAGCUUUGAUCUCAUUACACCUUAUAAAACCUUCAGCUUUACGGCGGAGUCGGAGCGAGAGAAACGGGACUGGAUGGAGGCCCUGCAGGAAUCUAUAGCGGAAACACUAUCUGAUUAUGAGGUGGCGGAGAAGAUCUGGUCCAACAGGUCCAACAAGAUCUGCGCAGACUGCAAAGCCAUCAAUCCGGACUGGGCAUCCAUCAAUCUCUGUGUGGUCAUCUGCAAGAACUGCGCAGGCCAGCAUCGAGGUCUCGGCACAAUGGUGUCGAAAGUGCAGAGUCUGAAACUAGACACCAGCGUGUGGAGCAAUGAGAUCGUUCAGCUCUUCAUAAUGCUUGGCAAUGAUAGAGCCAAUGAAUUUUGGGCGGCGGGACUUCCUGUGACUGAGGAGCUUGACUGUGACGCCUCCCCAGAGCAGCGGAGAGAGUUCAUCACCCACAAAUACAGAGAAGGCAGAUAUCGCCACCCUCAUCCCAGUUUUAGUACCCAAGAGGAGCUUCUUAAGGCGCUGUGCACCGCUGUGACUGAGCAGAACCUGCUAAAAACGGUCACUCAGAUUUUUGCGGAGGCUGAGGCCGCUCGACUCGCUGGCGCUAAUGGAAACGAUAAGCGUGUAUCUCCGCAUUACUCAUACACACAGUCUGCAGAUUCCUGUGUCUAUGAUGAGAUCAUGCAGCCCAUCCUGUACUCCGGCUACCUCUACAAGUCAAGCUCCUUGAACAAAGGGACAUUAUCCCGCAGAACCAGAGACGCAGAUUUUCAAAAGUACUGGUGUUCGGUGGAGAAGUCUAUUCUCUUCUAUGAGUCUGACAGAUGUCAUGAGCCCAGUAUGAAGAUCGAUGUUAAAGACAUCAUCUGUUUAGGAGUUAGCAGGCCAGACUCCAGCAACAACAGCGGCUUUAUUGACAAAUUUCGAUACACUUUUGAACUUUACCUAACAUCUGAUAAACUGAUCCAGUUUGGCUUGGAGACUACAGAUGCGUUGCACAGUUGGGCACGAGCAAUAGGGAAGGCCACCACCCCUCUCAGCUGUCACUGCCUGCUGGCGCGAGAGUUCGAGCGAGUGGGCGUCCUGCGCUACAAGGCCAUGCUAGACCCACAGCAGUGGAAAGAAGGCUUCUUUGUUCUGCAGAAGUCCAACCUGUUCAUAUGCCCUGGAAAUGAUGGAGCCGCAGAGGAUAUUAUAAACUUGAAACGCCUACAGGAGCUCAGCAUUGCAUCCGAAACAGAGAACCAUGAGAAGAAGGACAUCCUGGUUCUUGUUGAGAAAGGAAGGACUCUGCAUCUGCAGGGCAUGGGCAGGACCGAUUUCUCCCUGUGGUACGCAGACAUUCAGAAGGCAGCAGGAGGGAAAGGGAACACCCUGAAAGACCAGCAGCUCAGCAGAAAUGACAUCCCCAUCAUCGUUGACAGCUGCAUUGCCUUUAUAACUCAGUAUGGUCUGGGCCAUGAGGGUAUAUACAGGAAAAACGGUGCAAAGUCAAGAAUCAAGCUUUUGAUGGAGGAGUUUCGUAAGGACGCCCGCAAUGUGAAACUCCGUAUUGGAGAUAACUUCAUAGAGGACGUGACGGAUGUACUGAAAAGAUUCUUUCGGGAGAUUGAUGAUCCCAUAUUCAUGGCUGAUCUCCACCCCUUCUGGAAGGAAGCUGCCAAGAUACCUCAAAAGCCACAGCGUUUGGACCGAUACAAAGAGCUGAUUCGAGGUUUACCUCGGGUCAACAGAACGACUUUAGCAGCGCUCAUCAGUCAUCUCUACAGGGUGCAGAAGUGUGCUGAUCUCAAUCAGAUGUGCACCAAGAACCUGUCCCUGCUGUUCGCUCCCAGCCUGUUUCAGACUGAUGGGAAAGGGGAACAUGAGGUCAAAAUCAUAGAAGACCUCAUCGAUAACUACCUGUAUAUAUUUGAUAUUGAUGAAGAGCAUCAAACUCAGAUUGAACUGGAAAUCAGUUUGAUAACCACUUGGAGAGACACACAGCUCUCGCAGGCAGGGGACUUGAUUAUUGAAGUUUAUCUAGAAGAAAAGAUACCAGACUGCUGCAUCACUCUGAAAGUGUCUCCCAUGAUGUGUGCUGAGGAGCUGACCAAUCAGGUGCUGUAUAUGAGAAAUAUUCCUGCGGGAGAAAAAGAUGUGUGGAUGACCUUUGAGGCCAUCGAGGAAGGAGAGCUUGAGCGACCUCUUCACCCUAAAGAGAAGGUUCUGGAACAAGCGCUACAGUGGUGUAAAAUGGCCGAUCCCAGCUCAGCGUAUCUGGUGGUGAAGAAGGUGCCUAGAGGAGAAGCUAUAGACAUUUUCACAGCCUAUAAGAGUGAGAUAGUGAAGUCUGGAGUGCUGAAGUGUCGGGAAGAGCCGCCCAAGCUCUUGCAAGGAAACAAAUUCCAGGAGCGAUCUUUCCAAAUUAAAGACCACAGAUUAAUCCUGAUGAAAGACAAAAAAAGCAACAAACCUGAGAAAGAGUGGCAACUGAAAACCUUGAAGAUUUACAUGGGGAUCAGAAAGAAGUUAAAACCACCAACAAAAUGGGGAUUAACAGUGAUGCUGGAUAAACAGCAAUUGUACCUCAGCUGUUCCUGUGAGACUGAAUUAUGGGACUGGAUGACUAAUUUACUAAAAGCACAGAAUGAUGAUUUGCGCCCACCUGUGAUGAGACGGCACUCUUCCUCUGACAUUUCCAAGCAGAAGUUUGGCACCAUGCCGCUCGUGCCCAUCAGAGGAGAGGAGAGCAAUACCAACUCCACCAUGCUCUCCGCCAAUCAGACUCUGAGAAAGCUCCACACGAGAAGGGCUCUCUCAAUGUUCUUUCCCAUGAAGGUGCAGCAGGACUCGUUUGAGGAGCACAUUGAAAGCCCCGAGCCUUUGUAUGAGGAGGUGGGCGACUUCGGUCUGCAGGUGCUCAAAUCUUUGGAAACUAGUUUCCUGUCCAGCGCUCACGCAGAGACACAGGAGGUGCCAGCACGGCCCGUCAGCCUCGGACAGAGGAAGGCCGCCUCCCUGGAUCGCAUGGUUGGCUCAAACCCAGUGCACGUUCUCUUAUCCUCUGGAGAAUCAAUAGACACUCUGGGCCAGGAGGACUCCCUGCACGUCCCAGGUAGGCACAGGUCCCACAGAUCAUGUAGCCCCCAACAGGAACUGCUGUUACAGGAACUCUCCACAAUGUUCUGCAAGAAACCAGAGUCUGAAGAGCAGCACGAGAACAUCACCUGAGCUUAGAAACUAGAUCAAUCUCAAGAGCAACUUGCUUCGGAACUUGAAAUUGCUGUUAUUAAAUUGCCACGUGUGUCUGUUUGAAAUUGGCUAGUAAGAAUCCAGUAUUAAAUCGAUCAGUUUGUUAACGUGAAGUUUUGUGCCAAAGCAGUCACUGAAAUUAAAAUCUGUGAAUCUGUGCUAUAAUUGUUUUGUAUAAAUUGGGUAAAACUGUUUUGGCAUGUGCAGUCGUUGACUUGUUACACUAAAACUGACCGACCUCUCAACAUUUAAAAAAAAUUAAAAAAACCUUUUUUUUUAUCGUUAUUAUAUUUUUUUUGUUGUAUUAUUUGUACCUAAAGAUGAAAUUACAUUUCAGUUCCUUUUCGUAACCGUUUUUAAAAAUACAUUUCUUGGCUCAGUAACAAUACAUGUUUAGUAUAACAGUAAGAAAUGCAUGGAAAGCAAAGCAUGUGCAGUCUGUAAUACAUAAUCGGUGGACUUAUUAGCAGUGAAAACAUUUACAUUGAUAUUCCUGGACUGCAGACUGAUUAAAUGACUACUGUAUGGAUGCAUUUGACUUCAUCUUUUAUAUGUAUACAGUGUAUUAUAUUUAUUAAUUUAUUUAUAUAGACUAUUUGAAUCGUUCUCAUAUUUCUCAGUGUUUGAGGAGCAUUAUCCGAAAGAAGGAUGAAGGCAGUUUGUUGAGUUGGACUGUAACAGUAGAGGGCAGUAUAGAUACAGCACAUGAUGUUCUGACAAUCUAAAGCGUUUCACUGCAGAUUUUCACUCCUCUUUACAGGCAUUUAUUAAAGGCAUGUACAGUUCUAUAAAGUUCAUAACAAAAUAAAUCUGUUCUUACCCUGA